AGGAGUCGAGACUUUGCUUCCAAAGCGGGAAGGGCUUUUUAAAAAUAUUAUCCGUUUCCAUUGACGCUGCGGUUGUGUGCGUGCACCACGUUCUUUUCCCCCUGACUGCUUUUACACCCCAUACGCACGUCAUUCCCUCGUCCUCUCCCCGCCGCCUUUCGUGCGCCGUUGUCCUUGUCGCUGCUUCUUCAUCUCCGUGAAAGCAGCACGACGGGAUUUCUUUUCUGUUUGGGGGAGGUAUUGAGUCGCCCCGGCCCUUCCUGUCAAUUUUUUAUUUGAAUCAUACAUCCGAUUAUACACUCACUAUAUAUAUAUAUAUCUACACUAACUAUUAGAAGAAAGAAAAAACGGCAUGUACGCCCCUACUUCACCGCUGUUGCGCGGCUUCUUCUCGCGCAAGAAGGACAUGCAAACAAUGCUGGAGGCCCACUUUUGGAGCCUCACCCGCUACCGUAUUCUGCCGCUGUUUCUCGGCCUUGACCUUGCCGGCAACGUGAUCUUCUAUCCUGCCUACCGCAAGCAGAGCUUUGGUGGCUGGACCGCCGUCACGCUCGGGGCCCCGGGCAGCGCGAGCAACGCCUUCCUUAGCUCCGACUUGAGCGGCGUGAAUGUGCUGGAGGACGGGCACCCGAUGCACUACAAGGCAAGCCGCAAGCUGCAGUCCUUCGUGGCGGAGGAGCGUCGCCGGUGGCAGGCCAAGACCGAUCUAGCGAAGAAGAAGCAAGCGGAGGCGAUCGCAGCCGCAGCGAAGGGGAAAGCGGCCGAGGCAGCACAGAAGGAGCAGGAAGCCUCUGCGGCGAAGAAGAGCGCUGCGACGCGGCCUCUGCAGUUUGGCGCGGAGGUGUCUACGGAGCACCUCAGCAACUACGACAGCGAGCAGCAGUUCCGCGACAUGCUGGCCAUCAAGUGCACGCAGCAGCGCUUUUACCAGAGCCACCUGCGCGUGAGCCGCCUCGCCACCUUUGUGUACAAGUGCUUUUACUUUUACCUGUGGGCUGUCCUUGUGUCGCUCAUCGUGCAGGGGUACUUGAUGUUCCGCGCGUGGGUGAACCAACCGGCGCGCGAUGGCUUGAAGAACAUCGAGGAGCACGUCUUGCACAUCCCGCGCCUGCUCUUCUCGGGCUGCGUCUACGGCUGGGUGUGGCUCGUGCGCACCGCGCAGCCGGUGAUUGACCCCGUCGUGCACUUUCUGAGCGCCAACUUUCCGCAGGUGAACUGGGGUGUUGCGUCGGCGGACAACCUCGCAGCGAAGGCGCAACACCUGGCGGACGAUGCGCACCCAAAGGCGAAGGAGCGGAAGCAGAAGGAACUGCAGCAGCAUCUGAAGUCUGAGGAGGCACGUCGGACGUGGUGGACCCGCGUGCUGAUGGUGCUGCUGGCGCUCUUCUCGAUUCUCUGUGUCUUGUAG